ACACGUGGCUACCACGAUCUGUUUCCAGGGACAAACCGUUAUACAUCAUGGCCGCCCUAUUCUGCUGACCUACGUGCAUAUUUUACAUCUAGCAACUUCCACAUCAUGGACCUCCUCCGCCAGAUCGUGGCAGGGCCGCGAGCACGACACCCAGAAGCUGGCCUGGAUCUGUGCUACGUCACCGACUCAAUCAUCGCGACAUCAGGACCGAGCGGGACAUACCCACAAGUCGCGUACCGCAAUCCCUUGAAAGAUCUCGUCAAGUUCCUCGACAGCAAGCAUGGCGUGGAGUGGGCGAUCUGGGAGUUCCGUGCAGAAGGCACCGGCUACCCAGAUUCGGAGGUGUACAACCGCAUUCGGCAUUAUCCAUGGCCCGACCACCACCCUCCACCAUUCGCGCUUGUCCCGCUGAUCAUGGCGUCGCUACGGAAUUGGCUCAAGGAGGAGGGUGCGAAGGAGAAGAAUAGAGUGGCCGUGGUACACUGCAAGGCUGGGAAAGGUCGCAGUGGUACUGUGAGCUGCAGCUACCUCAUUAGCGAGGAAGGCUGGACACCAGAAGAUGCCAUGGCAAGAUUUACGGAGAGGAGGAUGCGGCCAGGAUUCGGCGCAGGCAUUAGCAUACCGAGUCAGCUACGCUGGAUCAGCUAUGUGGAUCGGUGGACCAAGCACGGCAAGCUAUACGUAGACCGCCAGGUUGAGAUUGUCGAGCUCCAUGUGUGGGGUCUACGGGAUGGCGUCAAGAUUGCCAUAGAAGGGUUUGUGGACGAGGGAAAGAUCAUCAAGGCGUUUCACACAUUCUCGAAAUCGGAGAGACAAGUCGUCAGAGGUUCUAUCAACCAAGAGUCCGGAUUCAGCGACGUGGCCACCGAGGUCAUGUCGAUCAUGGGAGGAAAAAAGACCAAGGCUGCAGAUGCAGAAGCCACGGUCAAGGAAGCAGAGAAUAUCUCGACCCAGGAGGAGCAGGUACAAGACGCUCAGCCUGGAGGAGACGUCGUUUUCAAGCCUUCGACUCGUGUGGUCUUGCCAUCUAGCGAUAUCAAUCUCGACUUCGAACGACGCAACACUUCAAAAUACGGCGGCUUCACCAUGGUCACCUCAGUCGCUCACGUUUGGUUCAACAUUUUCUUCGAAGGCAACGGCCCCGAACAAAACGGCAAGGCCGACGACUCAGGGGUUUUCAGCAUCGACUUUGACGCAAUGGACGGAAUCAAAGGAAGCAGCCGCAAAGGCACCAAAUGCUUCGACCGAAUCUCCCUCGUAUGGAAAGCCGCAAAGCCUGAGAUCAGAGUCAUCACCGAACCGAAGCAAGGUGAACCGGUCCCGGAAGCCCGCCCAGCUGAUUGGAAAGGAAAUGACGAGCACUCCGAAGACUCCGAGAAGAAGCUCGGCAUGCGUGCUGUGACCUCGGCGAGCGCAGAUAUUAGCCGCGCCGCCAGCCCCGUGGAGAGCAAGCCGGACGAAGAUGAGCCGACGGGCCUCGACGCUGAAGGCGUGAAAAGCUCGGGACCCGCUGGCGAGAGUUCCUCACUGAUCUCAUCUUCAGUCUCCUGUUCGGUCUCUUUUUCCACUCCUCCUUCAAUAUUCCUGAGCUUCACGGCCGUCCAGUCCAUCUCGCAUUGCAAGCCAUCUCCUGCAACGAAGUCGAGCUUGAGUCUUUCUAACAAGGGCAUGUACUGAAUCGUCGUUGGGAUGUGGCUGACGUUUGAAGGGGCAACGUCUUUGUCCCAAAUCGCUUCUGAUCGUCCUAAGCCCCUUGUGAACUUCAAUGAUAGAAUCCAGAUCUGGUUGUCGCCUUCAGCAGAGGCGAUUUCGUUCAAAUUCUCCUCACUGACGAAGAAGUCGCCAGCUAACAACCUUUCGGCUUCG